AUCGGCUUGGCGUAGGCUUCUCUUCUUGACCACCAACAACCCCAGAAACUUGAGAGAUGGCACCCAAGAAGGCCAAGAGGAGACAGCAGCAGGGUGAGGGUGGAUCCUCCAACGUGUUCUCCAUGUUUGAGCAGAGCCAGAUCCAGGAGUACAAGGAGGCUUUCACAAUCAUCGACCAGAACAGAGAUGGCAUCAUCAGCAAGGACGAUCUGAGGGACGUGCUGGCCACCAUGGGCCAACUGAAUGUGAAGAAUGAGGAGCUGGAGGCCAUGGUGAAGGAGGCCAGCGGCCCCAUCAACUUCACCGUCUUCCUGACCAUGUUCGGCGAGAAGCUGAAGGGUGCUGACCCCGAGGACGUUAUCGUGAGCGCUUUCAAGGUCCUGGACCCCGAGGGCACUGGCGCCAUCAAGAAGGAAUUCCUUGAGGAGCUCCUGACCACCCAGUGCGACAGGUUCACCGCUGAGGAGAUGACCAACCUGUGGGCUGCUUUCCCCCCUGAUGUGGCUGGCAAUGUGGACUACAAGAACAUCUGCUACGUCAUCACACACGGAGAGGACAAGGAGGAGUAAAAUCCACCUCUCUCAAAAUCUCUACCUCUGUUCAAACCCGUACAACAUCCACCAUUUACUCACUCCCCUCCUCUCCGAUGACGCAGCUUGCUUGCACGCUUCCGCGCCCUCCCAGCCCGCUCUUUCCACUUUCCAGCUCACUACAAAAAGACUUGUCUCCUUCACUGCAAUACUCAGUGAGAGGACUGUAGGCUGUGGGGGGUGUUUGUGUGUGAGUAGCAACAGGGGGACAUGGGAUUAUUUUCAAUAAAAAUAAUCUUGUGGCACUGAAACUCUCUCUCUAUCUCUGUCCCUGCCUCUUCUUCCUCCCUCUUUUCCACCAUCACUCAUUCUGUCCUUCUGUGUUGAGGCCAACAGUGCAUGCAUCAUACCUACAUGCAGCGUGUAUGCAUAAUGCAGUCCAGUGUAUACAGCGGUCAGUCAAAAGUGUCUCUUGGGUGCUGUGGUGCAUGCACAGUCACUUACUUGAAACAAGUAGCAGCCUGACCCGUGUGGUCUGUUAGUCUCAACCUGACAGAGCGUUUAAUGGAUUUGUUUGUAACAGAGACGAGUGCACAGUAAAAGAGUGGGAGUACCGCACUAUAAUAGUUUGCCUACUCCCUCUCUUUUUAUUUCAAUCUGUCUCUCAUUCUCUGUCAUACAGGUAUGAAGGAAAAGUUGUGGUGAAAAAUAGGAAAGCACGAUUUGUUUCUUUGAAUCUUGUAAAUAGAGAAAGAGAUGGUGAAAGAUGGUGAGCGGGAGGCAGGAAAGAAAUGAACAAAAGUAAAACGUCUUUGCUCCUGACUCUUCUUCCUCCCUCUCACUGCUGUUUCUCUCCUGUUGUUGUGAUUGUGUCUGUAACAAAUAAAGAAGUACAAAUAAAA